UUAUUGCCUUCUCAAAACAUGAUGGCGGUGUUUGGCUAUCUUGGAUGCAUUAUCUUGGCAAUUGUUUUUCUUCGUUUUCUCUAUGGCUUCAUCCACAACAAUGGUCUCCCGAGAAACUGGCCAUUUGUCGGGAUGAUUCCAACAUUACUUCUUAACCUCCAUAGGUCUCAUGAGAUAGUCGCCGAAGUCCUGAAAAAAAGCAAUGGUACCUUUCUGUAUAAAGGAAUUUGGUUCUCUAACUCAAGUUUCUUGCUCACCAGUGAUCCUGAGAAUGUGCGUUAUUUAUUGUGCACAAAUAGUUCAACUUAUUUGAAAGGCUCCGAAUGGUUGAACCAAUUUGAUAUUUUUGGAGAAGCACUUUUCAAUUCCGAUGGUGAGGCAUGGAAACGUCAUAGGAAAGCUUUUCAUGCUUUCUUGAAUCACCAACAAUUCCGCCAAUCCCUUUCAAAGAUGGUUCAGGAUCAUAUAGAGCAAGGGCUUGUUAAAGUGCUAGAGUGUGUUUCCAGACGAGAGCUAGUGGUGAACUUGCAAGAUUUGUUUGUGAGGUAUGCUUUUGAUAUUGGUUGCAUAAUGGCUACGGGUUGUAACCCUCGUGUACUCUCCAUCGAAUUCCCAGAAAAUCGAUUCCAGAAAGCCAUGAGUGAUACUAUGGUGGCAGCGUUUUACAGAUAUGUCAUGCCUGACACCCUGUGGAAGAUGCAAAGUUGGCUUCAGAUUGGGAAAGAGAAGAGACGAAGUGAAGCUUGGAAGGCUUUGGACGAUCUUUUAGCAGAAUUUAUAUCGAUUCAACGCGAAAAAUCCAACAAAGAAAUGGCAUCAAACCCAGAUGAAGAGAAUGAUUUCAAUUUUUUAAAGUGUUACUUGACAGGACACGAGGUUACAGGCCCAACACCCAGCGAUAGUCUUAUAAGGGACAACAUCAUACAUUUUUUGUUCGCCAGUGAUGGUACUUACAGUUUAGUUCUCACCUGGUUCUUCUAUCUUCUCUCCAAGAAUCCCAUGGUUGAAAACAAGAUAAGAGAAGAAGUGAAGAGAAACUUAUCACUGAAAGAAGUAGGGGGAAUAUUGCAAGUACCUUCGUGCUUCAACGAGCUGAGUAAACUAACAUAUCUCCACGCAGCUUUCUGUGAAACGUUAAGGCUAUGUCCACCAGUUCCUUUCGAAUUCAGGACAAGUACCAAGCAAGACAUUCUUCCAAGUGGGCAUCGAGUCGAUAAAAAUACGAGAGUCUUGAUAGGAAUACAUGCAAUGGGAAGGAUGGAAUGCUUAUGGGGAGAAGAUUGCGGUGAAUUCAAGCCGGAGAGGUGGAUCACGAAGGACGGAAAGAUUAAACGAGAGGCACCGAGUAAAUUCUGCGCCUUCCUUGCAGGACCAAGGAUUUGUCCAGGAAAAGAUUUGUCCUUUUUCUUGAUGAAGGCUACAGCAGCAGCAAUAAUUCACAACUACAAUGUGCAUGUAAUUGAAGGCCAAAAGAUUACUCCAACAAACAGUGUGUUUUAUCAAAUGAAGGAGGGCUUAAUGGUUAGUAUUAAGAACAGAUGGACUUGAGCUG